GCCACAAUGCAGGCGAACGGAUUUGAUGGAAAUGCGGCCUUUUCUGGCGGCGGAUUCAUGCCUUCUCAAGCAACUCAGUCCGUUCCCGCUCGUCCCUCCACCUCCUCCUCCUCCAAAAACAGUGAUACAAGGUGCUUGAUUCCACUCACAGUGAAGCAGUUGAAUGACCUCUCAAGAGGUGGAGAAUCUGAUAUUUCCAUUGAUGGCGUUGAUGUCAACAAUAUUUUGCUCGUGGGGAUGGUAUCGAAGAUAGACAAUGCUGUCUCAGAUUGUACUUUUAGGAUUGAUGAUGGCACGGGAUGGGUUGAAUGCACCAAAUGGAUUCAUGAACGUGUAGACUCAGCUGAAGUAGAUGUGAUCUCGGUUGGAAUGUACGUUCGUGUCUGUGGCCAGUUAAAAUGCAUUCAAAGUAGGACUUUACACAUCUUUUCAAUUCGGCCAGUUACUGAUUUUAAUGAGAUUACAAACCACUUCAUUGAGUGUAUAUAUGUUCAUUUGUUCAACACCAAAUUGAGGGGUGGCAUGACCACUCUGGCUGGGAUAACAAAUUCUAUUGGAAGUACUAGUACUACCGCUCAGCCUCAAGUGGCAAAUUCAAUUCUUGGCAACCCGAUAAAGGGCUAUGGCUACCAAACUAACCUCACAAGCCAGGUUUCUGGCCAGUAUCAUAACAAUGAACAAAUCAGUGUUGUGAGUUCAAGGGUCUUACAACUCUUGCGCCGGCCAGCAUGCCUUGGAUCCGAGACCGGGAUAAGCUCCGAAGACAUGGCUCGAGAGCUAAAUGUGUCAUACGAUAAAAUCAGGAAAAGCUUGGACUUACUUUUAUUAGAGGGACUCGUUUACAGGACCAGUGAUGAUCACUACAAAUUUACAGAUGCCUGA